ACCCUGAACCACGUUUCUCCACAAAACUUGGAACCUUUUUCUUUCCCCUUCAACUCGGGCUUAUUUACGGCCGAGUUGCGCGGCUCAGGUAGUUGCGCUUUUGUGUCUUUGGAUCAAAGUUUUGGAGCAGCUCUCCUUCAUCGACAAGUUUAUCCAGGAUAAAGCGCUGAAGGGAGGGAUCAAUGAGGAGAAAAGCAGGAGGAGGAGGUCCCCGUUUUCUAUUAAUCGGGCCCCUGGAACCCAUUUGGCGCUAAGGUGGUUGCCUUAGCGAUGGAUGGGGAGACGGAGCCAAACCCUGUCAUGGCAGAGGAGAAGGUGGAGCUCCUCGAUGCCACUCCUUCAUCCCGACAACCGACCCCACCUCCAGCCGAGGCGGCUGGGGAGGAGGUAUCCAUGGAAACAGGAGAGGAAGCCACAAAGGAGGGUGGCACAGAGGACGACGAUGAUGAUGUAGUUCUUGUAGAGGAGGAGGCUGAAAGGCCUGCCUCCUCUCAAGAUGAAUCCAACGCAGCGAGUGCAGAGCAAUCAGCUGUUGAGGCUCCAGAUGCUGCAGAGGAGGACGCAGCAGCAGCAGCAGCGACGCCUUCCAAGAGCCCCGAGUCUCCUCCGUCUUCCAAUGCAUCCAUGGCGGCGGUAUCGCAGAAGCCCCCAACCACAGCACCAGAGCCCAUCGUCAUCGAUGAUGAGGAGGACUGUGAACAGAAAGAGAGCUCUUCCCUCUCGCCUUUGCCCCCCGGAGACUCGUCUGCAUCCCACUCACCUGGCGAACUCAGCAGCAAAGAUCCAGAUUCCGAAAUCAGGAUCUCAAGCGUUACCACUUUAGGUCCCAGCAGCCAGAAAACCUAUGCAUCAAAUACACCAACACAUCCAGACGAUUCCCAGGCAGACAUAAACCUAAUGAUCACCUCUGUGACGUCCCUCCAAGGUGAAGCAGCAGCUGUCAUAGAGGGAGUUGAGAACGAUACGGAGGAGAACGGUCUGCAGAUCAGCAGUGCCUUCAGUCUGAAUCCUGAAACCCCGUCUGCUCGAUCAACCACCUCCUUUAACCCGGGCCGAGGCUCAGGCUCCGCCAGCCAGCUGAUCCAGAAUGGAGAGGCGGGGACACACAAGGGAGCAGACUCCUGGAUCUCUCAGUCGGCGUCGGUUCCCCGCAGCCAAAAGCAAACCGGGGUGGACUCGCCAUCGCCUGCCACCUCGCUACCCAAGCCUGCAGGCCAGUCUUCCACCUCUACUUCCUCCUCAGGCUCCCAGACACAACCAAGGACGGUCAAGGUGACCUGUGCUAACUGUAAAAAGCCUCUAAAGAAAGGCCAGACAGCCUACCAGCGAAAAGGCUCCUCCCACCUGUUCUGCUCCACCACCUGUCUCUCUGCCUUUUCACACAAACCUACACCCAAGAAAACCUGCACUAUGUGUAAAAAAGACAUCACGCAUAUCAAGGGCACGAUCGUUGCCCAGGUCGACUCCAGCGAGUCUUUUCAGGAGUUCUGUACAACCGGCUGCUUGGGCGCGUACGAGAACAAGCACAACCCGCCUAAAACUGGGAUCAAAAACAAAUGCACCGUAUGCGGAAAACUCACAGAGAUUCGACAUGAGGUCAGCUUUAAAAAUGUGACCCAUAAGAUCUGCAGCGACACAUGUUUCAACGUUUACCGUAAAGCCAACGGGUUGAUCAUGAACUGCUGUGAGCAGUGUGGCGACUACCUGCCCAGUCGGGCUUCAGCCAACCACUUCCUGCUGGUCGACGGCCAGCAGAAACGCUUCUGCUGCCAGAACUGCAUCAGGGAUUACAAACAGGCUCACAGUAAACUUGCAACCUGUAUGACUUGCAAAACACUAAUAAAGACAGGGGAAGUUCUCCAAACCCUCGGAGCAAACGGCACCAUGAGCUCCUACUGCUCUGUGAGCUGCAUGAACAAGGGCAAACUCACCUCAUUGAUCAACAAAGAACCGACAUGUGAUUUCUGUAAAAGAAGCUCCUUGCCGCAGUACCAGGCCACGCUGCCAGAGGGCAGCAUACUGAACUUCUGCAGCUCACAAUGUGUUACUAAGUUCCAGCAGAAUGCUUCCCUUCAAACAACCACUAACGGUCAGAUGCCCCUCAGCAACAGCUCUGUCCAGCUGAAAUGCAACUACUGCCGAGGAGCGUUCAGCCUGAAGCCUGAGAUUCUGGAGUGGCAGGAUAAGGUCUAUCAGUUCUGCAGUAAGACUUGCUGCGAGGAUUAUAAGAAGCUCCACUGCAUUGUGACGCUUUGUGAGUACUGCCAAGAAGAGAAGACCCUUCAUGAGAUGGUCAAGUUCUCUGGUGUUAAGAGGCCGUUCUGCAGUGAAGGCUGUAAGCUGCUGUUUAAACAGGAUUUUAUCAGACGUCUGGGGCUGAAGUGUGUGAGCUGCAACCACUGCAACCAGCUUUGUAAGAGAGGCAUCACCCGGCAGCUGGGGGGCUUGACCCGGGACUUCUGCAGCGAGGCUUGUGCUAAGAAGUUCAAUGACUGGUACUAUAAGGCGGCGAGAUGCGACUGCUGCAAAGUGCAGGGUAACCUGACUGAGUCUGUGAUGUGGAGAUCAGAGAUGAAGCAUUUCUGCGACCAAGAGUGUCUGUUGAGGUUCUACUGUCAGCAGAACGAUCCCAUCAUGGUCACACAGAAGGGACCAGAGAACACCACUCUGGGUAUAGACGUACAAGCAGCAAAAACUGGGCUGGUGAAUCAGAGUGCCGUCACAUACUCCAGUGGGGGGGUGAUUAGAGAUGUGAAGAAUAAGGCGGUGCUCUGCAAACCGCUGACCCUGACCAAAGCCACCUACUGCAAACCACACAUGCAGAGCAAACAUCUACAGACAGAUGUUGAUGACGGCGUUAAGAGGGAGUAUAUUCCUGUACCUAUUCCUGUGCCCGUCUUCAUCCCAAUGCCUAUGAACAUGUAUGCCCAGGUCACCCCUACUCCACUCUCUAUGCCUGUACCGGUUCCUGUGCCUGUGUUUCUACCCACCACCCUCCAGGGGGCAGAAGAGAUCAUUCAGACCAUGAAGGAUCUGAAAGCUGAGAUGCCCUCCAACAGCAUGGAAGCUGAUGUAAUAAUCAAAGAUGACGAGAAGCCAUACGUGAAAGAGUUGAUAGUGAAGGAAGACUGUGUCAAAGGGGAGUCCUCCAGCAGUAGCUCAGAGGAAGAGGAGGAGGUGGAGGAAGAAAAAUACGACCCUGACCUGGAUCUAGAGGCAGAUUUUCCUCAAGCAUCAGAACCUGUUCCAGCGCUGGAAGGAAUGGAUGAGGAUAUGGGCUUUUCUUUGCCUCCAGUCCUAGCAGAGGAGAAGGAGGACCUCCAGGAGUCAGUACCUCGACCACAACCCAGAAAACUGGGAAGUAAAAGGAGGGCCCUGGAAGAUUUGCGCUCAUCCUCUCCAUCACAUUCAAGUAGAAACUUAGAAGGCAGAUCGCUGCCACUCAAAUCCCGCUACGGCAUCAAUGCCUGGAAACGCUGGGCGCUGUCCCUCUCCGACCAAUCAGAAGACGCCAAAGAAAAAGAUACCUCCAAACCAACACGGUCGAAAAGUAACCUGUUGACGUUAAAAGCAGCUGAGCUGAAUGUUGCACUGUCCCGAUUUGUCCGGGAGGCCUGCAGGCCCAACGGGGAGCGCUACUCUCCAGACAGCAUCCUCUACCUCUGUCUGGGAAUACAGCAGCAUCUUCAUGCCAAAGGCCGGAAGGAUGAUCUGUUCAGUGAUCCCUGUUACCAGCAGUUUGGAGAGGAGCUCAACAAGGUGCUCAAAGACUGGCAGCCCAGCGUGCUUCCUGAUGGCUCGCUGUGGGGACGAGUGGAGGAGCAGAGCCUGUGGAGCGGCCAGCACCUCGGGGAGCAGAGUCCAGCCUCCCUGCUACGCUCUCUGGUUUACCUGAACACUAAAUACUUUGGCUUGCGCACAGUGGAACAGCACCUGCGCCUCUCCUUCGCUAACGUUUACGGGCCGGACACCAUCCAUCCUGUCAGCAAGGAGAGCAGCGUCUGCAUCCGGGUUCCCUCCAUCUCUCAGGAUCACCACAGAGAGGUACCGACAGCAUCUAGGAAGAGGAAGCGUAAGCUAGACGAAGAGGAAGAGGAGGAAAACGAGGGCUCGGGGGGCUCGUCUGUUCACUGCCCGGUAAAGAAACACGAGUGUCGUCUCUAUGAGCUCUAUAGAUCCAAAUGUCCACCGUUGCUGUGGGAGCGCCUCGACGUCUUCUAUGUUCAGCCCGAUCCCACCUGCAGCCCCGCUGACCCCGUGUGGUUCAGCUCCACUCCCCUGGAGCGCCAGAUCCUAGAAAGCCUCCUGACCAGAGUCCUCCUGGUCAGAGACAUUUACACAGACAAGCCACUCCUGGAGGAAGAUGAGGAAGAGGACAGCCGCGGUGAAGAAGACGGAGGAGAGUAGCACCUGCCUAGACUGUUUUUAGUAGAACCUGAGAGGAACAUUUAGGGUUAUCUAGUUGUACGUUUUCCCCCUUAAGCUGUCUUUAUCCUCGUCUCUUCACCGACUCUUGUGACUUAUUGUUUCCUCCUGGUGAGGGACACCCACUGCAAGUAGAGGAUGCUUACAGUGGAGGUGAAAAGCAGCCCAGACUGUAACUUCUGCCUCAAAAAUUAAUUCAGAGGAAAAAGCUUUUGGUUUCAGAAGCUGGAGGAAAAGGAAGGCGAAGGACAAAGAAGGAAGAUGGAGGCGGAAACGCACCCAGAAAUGUCGAGGAUGGCGUGGAUUUGAAGGAAUCUGAAAUACAGAUUUUAGUUCUCAAACCCACAGCUUGGACAAAGAGAUAUCAGUAAUCCCCCGAGUCACCACUAAUAGAUUCAAAACACUUUCACAUCCAUAUCCUCCUCACUGUCACUUGAUUGGAAAAAACAGAAGGAAACACUUCUCACUACAAGAGAGAAAAACGGUUUAGAAAGAUAAAUAAAAAUAAAAGGACACAGGAAAGUGUGGAGAAAGUAUUGCAGCCUGAAACUAGGUGAUAUCAACUGUUCCACCAGGAAAUCUGUUCUUGAAAUGAAACCCAAAAAACCCACCGUGUUUUCAGUUCAUUAGGGUAACGCGUCUGGAAGAAGUUUGCAGUUCUUAGUGUAAGACGUUUGACGUUCAGCUCGUCUGUGUGAGGGCCGGCACACUGCACGCUGUUUUCUAUGAAGGAGAGAAUUGCAUCAAUUAAAGCAUUAAUUCCAUACAUUAUUUUUUUAUUCAGUGGGGGUUUUAUUUUUAUUUUAAGGUAUUCCUUUCAUCCCACAUGGUGAAAACAUGGACGCACUUAUAGUUGGAAUCCACUUCCUGCUCGAUCGUCAAUACAGAAAAACAAGGGAUUGUUCAGGUUAUCCAAACCCAGGAUGUCUUAGAAAUGGUUGAAAAAGUAAUAAACUAUAUAUCUACAUAUAAGUACUCAAACACAAUCUAAUCUAUCAGCUGUUUAGAAACCUGUAUUUAUCUAGAUGUGUUAGAAAUGCACUGAUCAGAUAUCUUGGUCAAUUUCCAAAAUCUCCCUAUUUUUGGAAGCUCUGAUCCACAUGCACAAAAUUUUAUUAGUUGUCCAAUCUCUUAGUACUAAAAAGUUGAAUUGCUGACAAUUGCUUUUAAGAAUUUGGUAGAAAACAGCAGGAGAAAGUUAAGGAUCUUGUUCUGCUUUAGGGAAUGAUGGAGCUAAUUAUUUGGGGGGGAAAAACCCAAAUAUUUUGCACACCUGAAAAUGUAACAUGCCAUUUAAAAAGCAUUUUUUUUAUUACUCAAUAUAUUCAGAAUAAGCAGUCUCAUUCUUCAGAUUAGUCAUUUUAUUUCUACCUUUCUGUUUCAACAUUUCACUGACCUUUUAUUCCGUCUUUAUUAUCUAAACCUUAGGUGGUUUAGCAUUUCUGCUUCUCCUUGCUUGCAUUAACCAGGGUUGGUACAUUUCUGUCAUUUCCUCCUGUAGCCGAUCCCUUAAGGAUAAAAGUUUUUUUCUUUUUUUCCCUCUAAUGCUUUCAUCUCUGGUCUUAACUAAAGUCUCGCACCUAAUUUUAAGAUGGCAGAGCUGCUGAAACGCCUUUUCUUUUAAAUUAUUCACCAAUCCGAAAGAAAAAAUGGCCGACAACUUCUUAGCAACGGUUUCCACACAUAGUUGUCUGCGCCACCUAGAUAUAUUUUCUGUUCCUAGGAUCUGGCCUAUACUUAUAUUAUAAUUUAUUUUCAUCCUUUUAAUAACCAGUAUGAGUCUCCAUGUGGUUUUCCAGCUAGCUAAAAUAAACGUGGUUAGAUCCAUACCAAUUAAAGCGCAUUCAGACCCAUUUGAUUAAGUUCUGUACAUCUUUGUAGGUCAGUUUUUUUCUUCAAGGUAAAGAAAAAUGUCUGAUUUUCCUGUCAAACGUUUCCUUCACUCCAGAUUCUCUUCCAGGUGUUAUCUUUAAAGCUUUCAAUCAACUAGGCUGCCUUAAUUCCCUCCUACCGCCCCGCUUUCUGCUGCGCCUCGUUACACCCUGCUGUCUGGCUACGUCUGGGUCCGACCUCAGGACAGAACGGAGCCGUUUUUUGUUUUGUUUGUUUUUUUUGCUCAAAUCUGACCGCCCUGUCUAACAUGCUGCGUCCUUGUUGGAUGUCAGCAGAACCUUCACUCCUGAUCUGUAGCGUUAUCAGAGGAUUAAACCCAGACCUUUCCAUUUAUGCAUAAAAAAAUAAAAAAAAUCAGAGGCAGGUCUGUUAUUUUACACAUCAAUAGAGGUUUGAUCCAAACCUCUAUGACUUAAUUUAUUCCAUUUUUCCUUUUUGUAUGAUGGAUUUUUGUGGCUGACAUUUCUUUCUCGUCUUUGUUGAUUAUUCGCCGCCUUCCUGCAGCGAAGGAUCCUGUUGAGCAUAAAGGAUGCGGAUAGUGUGAAUACGUAGCACUUCUUUGCAAGUGUCCUCUUCCCCUGUUUUUAUAGUCUAGUACUGCAAAGUUAAAGCCUUAGUUGUAGCAGUUUUGGUUAAAUAUUUGUGUUCUCAUCAAAUUAAACAGUUGAGUUUAGACCAUGUAAGUUUUUUUUUUCUACUUAUAACGAUUUUUGUAAAUGUAUUAUUUCACACAAACUGCUCAGAUUUGUUUGGUUUCUUUUUGUGGAGCUAAAGUCUUUUAGACUUGGACAUGCUGUGUGUGUUUCCCUAAUCACUGCGUCGCUCGGACUGUGACCUCUGUAGAACGGCUCGCCGCUGUUCUGGUGACCCCAUGAAUUCGCAGUGAGCACAUUACGGUGGUGAAUUAGGGGUCCGGUGUCCCCAUGCAGCUUCAAACCCAAACUUUUACAUUCUCCAGGUGAACGGACGCUGGACCAGAGGAAACCAGUAACCAGACUGAAAAUGUUUAGUUUUUAUUCUUCCCUGCUGGACUGAGGCAACAACCAAACCUGCCACUGGUUUGGACCUACAGUACCCGCUGUGGCUGGCUUUAACGCCUAAUGUGAAUGUGCCUAUCUGUAUAUACUGAAAGUGAGUGAUUGUGACCUGAAUCCGAUGCUAUGUGUGUUGGCUGUUCUGCCGAUAUGGUUAUGUUUAAUAAAUGAUUUCCUUUUUUCUAAC